CAAAAUCCUUUUGGCGCCAAAAGAGAGAGAACAUAACAUUAAAAUGCACCGUAAACGAAAACAAAACACAAAAGAGAGACACCAAUCCAAAUAAGAAGCAAAAUCAUUCAUUCAUGCAAUCCAAGAUCAGCUCCUUCUUCAAACCCUCUAUUUCUAUUGCACCCAAAUCUCCGAUUUUUGACGGCGACGGCGACGGCGACGACGAAUUGACGACCUGGGAGAAGAAACAACAUCCCAUCUUCAAUACGUACUCGCGUAGAGCUCCAAACCCAGAUGGCAGUGAAGUUGUCAAUUUAGGGCUAGUCGGAGAAACGCUGCAGAAAUCCAUUUGGAAUUAUUCGUGUUUAAAGCCGAAAUCAACGAUUAACAAGAACAAGAAGAGACGCUAUGCGCAGUUCCAUUUAGAUCUGGGUCAGUCUGAUUUUACCCUACGCACAUGUUCCACAUGUGGGGUCAAGUACGCUCCUGGAGAGGAAGAGGAUGAGAAGGCUCACAAGGCAUUUCAUAAGGUCUAUACCCAUGGUAUUCCAUUUAAGGGUUGGUGCAAUGAAAGGGUGAUUCAUAUGCCCUAUACUGAAGGGGGUCGAAUUGUUUUGGUGUUAGAUUGUGACCCUCCUGCGCAUAGGAACAAGGUUGAGGAAGUGGUAAAGAUGAUGGAGACUGAGCUUGGAAGUGGAUGGAUUUACCUUAAGAGCUGUAAGGUGUAUAUGUUUAUUUCCUCCCAAAGGAUUGUAGGAUGCCUACUUGCAGAACCAAUAAAAAAAGCAUUCAAAAUUCUCUCUUGCUUAGUGGAUGGGGCAUCUGAUGGUACUUCUAUAAAGGAAGCAGCAAGACCAAACUCGACCACUCUCCAAUUUGGCGAUGUUAGUUUCAAAAGGGAAGUCAAGAAAAGAGCCCAUUCUCUUGAUUGUUCUGAGGUCUUGGAUGGGAAUCUCAAUGGAGCAAUCAUUUGUGAAAAUGAAGCUGUACCUGCUGUAUGUGGAAUUAGAGCCAUUUGGGUCACUCCCUCUAACAGAAGAAAACACAUAGCCAGCCAAUUACUAGAUGCUGUGAGGAAAAGUUUCUGCAUAGGUUUUGUCCUUGAAAGAUCUCAACUGGCAUUCUCUCAGCCAACCUCAGCUGGAAAGGUGUUGGCAUCUAAUUACCUAGGCGCUGGUUCUUUCUUGGUGUACAAAAGUAACAAUCUGGACCACGUAGAAGGUUAAUAAAAAAAGUUAUAGACUUAGAUCCAUCACUUUGACGAUUUUGUGAAUUGAUUUUUUAUUUGAAUUCUAAGUUGAUAGAAACGGUAUCUAUUUGAAAUGAAAUUAUUCUUUGUAUUGUGG